UAUGCCUAUUUGGCUUCACUGGCCUCCAGGAAACGGCAGCGUCUGGGCUAUCUUGUUUUAGUUACACAAAUCUUUGGUGUAGUUGGAGUGAAUAGCGCGCUGACGUCGCUUCCGUGCACUAGUACAGCGUGCAUGUUUGACAACAAGCUCUACGUGGAAUUCGGAAAGGUCUUUCCCCCCUAAAAUCGUCUAACUAUGACUAAAUUACAAUAUCUGAAUGUGUAUUUAACUGAGCGUUUGAUGCAAGCCGCUGAUGAGAUACUUAGAGUGGUCGGGGACACGUUCUCCGAGUACCAAGAAGAAAUAGCCAGGACAAAGAGAGAAAACCAAUAUCUGAAACGACAGUUGAUCACACCGGUCCCACCGGCCCCCCAGCCCAUAAUGUCAUGGGUCUCAGAGCAGCGAUUAUCCAAUAUCUCGGAACAGCUAACACCCCCAGAGCAGCAAAGCUCUGAGCAGGAGUGGAGCCUCAGUUUGGGGCAGGAGGACCCAGAUCCCACACUGAUUAAAGAGGAACAGGACCUGACGAGCAGUCCGGAUGAAGAGCAGCUUCAUGGACCGCAGGCCGGUACCAAAGUAGAAUCCAAAUCUACUCCUUCCUGUGUGAAAGAUUAUGAGGAAGCAAUUCAGCCAUCAAGUGUUCCCCAAACCCAAACUUUAGAGAACAAAGAGAGGGACUCACAACUGACCAUCACAAACACCCAGAUCAAAACAGAACCACGUGGAGUGGCCUACGGACUAUCGUCGUCAGAACCAUCCAAUGAUUCCCUUCAUUCUCUCGCCCUAUCUGCAGUAAAUCCAGACUGCUCUAGACUGCUCUGUCCUCAGAAUGAGGACAAGGAACAUGCUAAUGAGGUUCUGGUAGAUCUGGGCAGUAGACGAGAGGGGAAGACACAGUCAUGUCCUCAGUGCGGGGCUGUGUUCUGUGAGCCAGCCCAACUGGAGACACAUAUGCUAGCUCAUUCAGUGCAGAACAGUGAAGACACUAGUCACAGACAAGCAAACUGCCAAGUCUGUUGGAAGUCCUUCUCUUCCACCAGUUACCUCAAGGUCCACCUGCGCUCUCACACUAAAGAGAAACCGUUCCAUUGCGGGGUUUGUGGGAAGAGCUUCGGAUACUCUGGGAAAUUCCGGGAGCACCAGCGCAUCCAUACGGGAGAGCGUCCGUACCGCUGUCAUGUGUGCGGUAAACGCUUCAACCAGUCUGCUCACCUCAAGGCCCACCUAAGAGUCCACACAGGGGAAAAACCCUACUCCUGUCCUGUCUGCGGGAAGGGAUUCAGUCAGUCCAGUCAAAUCAAGGGACACCUCAGAACUCACACACGAGGAAGGUAGAAGAUGCCCCGGAGUGCCAAAGAAAACCAUGCGUGGAUAGAUGGAAAGAGCCUUCUGUUUUCAAAGUGACCAGAGAUCCAGAUGUGAAACCGAUUAAAAGACCUGGCUUCUGUUCAGCGAUUCUGAAGAAUGCCCAGAAGAAAAUAGAUUUUGGGGGAUAAAAAAAAAGGUUUAACAUAAGAUGGUCCUGUUGAAGAAAUUAUAGUUGAUGUGUUUUUUUUAAUUUACUGUAGAGUUACAGAAUUUGACAUUUGAAUCUCAAAACAUAUUUGAGAAAUAAUAUAUUAAAUGGCAUAUUUAUGUAAUAACUGGAGAUAAUGUAAUAACUGCCAUGACGUAAUAUAUUGUAAUAAAAGUCAAAAACGUAAUAACCUCCCAAUAAUAUAAUUAAAAUUGGGAACUAAUAAUGUAAUAACCUUUUGCUCAUAAUGUUACUGGCUGGGUUAAUACAAAAUAAUUAAUCUUGUAAUAACGGGAGCCGAUAAUGUAAUACUUAUCACAGUGUUUUUAAGUUUGAUUUACUAAGUGUCAGACUUCCAUUCCAUAACACUUACCCUUACUGUUGCUUGUUUCAAAUAGCUGCUGAAAAACCUGACCAAUCCUGAACCCUGAAUCUCAGUCCUAAUUCUGAGAAAACACACAGAACAACACUCUUCUGUUAGUUGCAUGCAGUUUUACAAUGUUUUGUCAUUUAUUUCAGGAUUUAUCACAGUUUCAGACUAUACAUUGUAGGUAAGAGAGAGGCCCUAUCAGAUCAACCAAAGAUAAAGGAAAUUAAUGGACACAAUCCAUAUUCAUUAUAAACAACUGUAGAUAUUUAUGUUAAAAAUAACUGAAUUUAAGAUAAUAGGGCAUCUUGGAUACUAUAACCCUAACGCUCUUUUACAAAAUGAACUUAAACAAUAUCUUAACUGUAUUAUUCAAGCUGGGUCAACUCCCAAGCUUUCAUAUUUUACACAGAGGUCAUUGGUCGCUCCAUAAUAAUGAAUUGAACAAUUUGCAGGAUCAAUAAUUUCCAAAUUCCACAGUAAUAUUGACUUACACUAUAAUAUCUUAUAGAUAUGUGGCUAGUAGCUAAGUUACCAGGUUGGCAAUGUUGUUUUGCAGCACUGUCUGCUUUGUGCAUUUAGGGUUAUUUAUGGUUAGAGUUAAGAGAGGUCUCUUAGACUCCCUAUUGGGAUGUAAAGGCAUGAUUAUCUGAAAACAUUAAAAUGAUGUAGUUGACAUAGAUAUGUCAUACCAUGUUCUAAAUCAUAUAUCAAUAUCCAGCUGGAAUAAUACAUUUAAGAUAAGGUUUUUGUCCAUUUUCUGAAAUAGGGUAAUACUUUUUUAUGUAUUGCUAUUAGAUAGGGCAUCUAGGUUGCCUCUCCAUAUGUUAGGUUAUAAAAUAUUUUUAUACCUAUUCAAGGAGAGAAAGAGAGAGAGAGAGUGAGAGAGAGAGAGAGAGAGAGAGAGAGAGAGAGAGGUAUUUUCUCCGAGUUAGGACUAAGAUUCAGGGGAUCAGGAUUGGUCAGGUUUUUGAAAAACAAUUUGAACGAAGCAACAGUAAGGGAAAGUGUUAUGGAAGUCUGACACAUUCUGACACAGUGAUGUAUGUAUAUUAUUACAUUAUCAGCUCCAAUUAUUACUAUUUUAAUUAAUUUUUAUUAACCCAGCCAAUAAUGUAAGGACGAAUUACAUUAUGGGCAGAAAAGUAUUAAAUUAUAGGUAAAUUAUUACAUUAUUUAAUUUUAUUACAUUAAGAAUGGAAAAUGUAUUACGUUAUUGGCAGUUAUUACAUUAAUGGUAGUUAUUACAUUAUUGGCUGCUACAAGGCCUUAGUCUGGCCUACUUUUACUCCAAACUGUUUAAUUUGUAAGUGCUGAAAAGGAAAACAUAGCAGCUUGCUCUGUUAUUACUAGUAUGUUGACUAAUAAUAUUUGUUUUAUAUCCAUUAAAUAAUAUUGAAAAAUCUAAACAUCACCAUUGAAAAUAAAAAUACAAGGAUUUGAUCAAUAUUUCCAAUGUAUUGCUCAAAAAAUGAUGUACUCGGGCAUAGCAUAGUUGCACAGUGUGAUCUCUGCUACUUUUGGGUUGUUCUUGGCAUUUAGGUGGAUAGUGGCAUUUAUGUAUGCCAUUCUGUACCUAAUUCUCUUGCUUUUUAUCAUUAUGCUUGUAGGUAUAUCUUCCUAUUCUAAAUCAAUUAAUAUUGUUGUUUAAAGACUUUAUGUAUAAUGUUUUAAUGUUUUACCAUUAUUCUAUCACUUUACCAACAGUAAGGGCAGUAACACCAGUGAUGGUAACAACAAGUAGGCUUUUUAGAUAUUUUCUGAAAUGAAGGUCACACAUGCUUAAAUCUGAGAUCAUCAUUUGUAAGUAAUAUCAUUAACCAAUUUGCGCACAAUAUGGAUUCAUGUUUAAGUGACAUUGGAUUUAGACAUACCCUAUUAUCAAUGGAAUCCUUAAAUUAAUUAAAUUGAAAUAAUUAUUUGAUUAUUUAUGGACCCCGCCCCGAAGGUUUCUUUCACUGGAGAUAGGUCCUUGUAGGUAGAUGCAUGUAUCUUUCUAUUCUCUGAUUUCCCUGGAAGUAACAUCAAUGAAAUAUAAC